AGCGGAGAAAACAAGAGAACGAAGCUCUGUAAGGCCGAUACGGGUUCGAAUAAAUGAGAGCAGCUUGCAGUAAACUUGACACUGCUUUUAUGCACCAAAAUAGAGCUUGAGAGAUAGACAUUUAUGAGCAUAUAGGGAUUAUAGGUAUAGGCAUCAAGAUGGAUGUAAGCUGGAGUCUGGUUCAUCCGCUAUUAGUUUGCUUGACUUUCAGUUUCUUUUGUCAAUACGCCUCUUCUGUAGACUAUGCCUCAAAUUACGUUAUUUUUAUGGACAAAUCUGCCAUCCCCAGUGAAUUCUCCACCCACCAGCAAUGGUAUAAAUCUAUGGUAUCUUCUGUCAAAGCUUUUACCACUAACCCCAGCUCCCACAUAGAUGAUUUCUAUCAUUAUACUUAUAAUACAGUCAUUAAUGGCUUCAGCGCCACGCUGUCCCAGUCGGAGUUAGACAUGCUGGAAGAGAUGCCGGGGCAUUUAGCAUCGUUACCCGAUGUAGUGGGACACCUCCAUACCACUCAUUCAAGUGAAUUUCUUGGUCUCACUCCUAGUGCUGGUUUGUUGCCGGCUUCCCGAUUUGGACAAGAUGUUAUUGUGGCAUUGAUGGAUUCCGGAAUCUGGCCUGAGAGCGAGAGUUUCAAAGACCAUGGAAUGGAACCUGUGCCAGCCAAGUGGAAGGGAACAUGCGAGAAUGGCACGGCUUUUCAUCCCUCACUCUGUAACAGAAAGCUCAUCGGUGCACGCUCUUUUAAGAAAGGGGCAGUAGCAUUGUAUGGGCCAAUUAAUUCGACUGAUGACUAUGACUCUCCAAGGGACUUUUUGGGUCAUGGAAGCCAUACGUCGUCAAUCGCGGGAGGCAACUACGUGGGUAAUGUGAGCUUCUUUGGUUACGCUCCUGGUACCGCUCGAGGUGUGGCUCCGGCUGCUCGAGUUGCAAUGUACAAAGUUGGUUGGACAAUUGGGGUUGCAAGCUCUGAUGUGCUUGCCGGCAUGGAGAGCGCCAUUACGGAUGGAGCUGAUGUUCUCUCUCUUUCUCUUGGAUUCGACACCACCACAGCUUAUUUCAAAGAUUUUAUGGCACUAGGAGCUUUUGCAGCCAUCAAGAAAGGAGUUCUUGUUGUUUGCUCCGCAGGAAAUGCUGGGCCAUCACGCCAAAGUAUAUAUAAUGGUGCACCUUGGAUAUUGACAGUGGGAGCAAGCACACUCGAUCGAGCAUAUGAAGCUACGUUGAAGUUCGGUGACGGAUCCAUUGUGAGUGGCUCCUCCUUUUACUACUCCAAUAUGAUAAAUGACAAGUUGAAGAUAUCAAAUACUUUGCUCUCUUACGACAUCCAAGAUAGUGCAUGCAAUAAAAAACUAGUCCCUGAGAAAGUGAAUGGAACGGUGGUUUUAUGCAUGAACGCCAGCUCUGAUAUAAUUGAAGCUGCAGAAGAUGCCGGAGCUAUCGCUGUUCUUAUGGUAACAAACUGGCCAUAUUAUUUUGGCUCUUAUCCAUAUAGGGAUUUCCCUGUUGUAUAUUUGAAUGCUCAUGAUGGAGCAGCCCUUGGCAAAUAUUCUUCUUCAGUGGCAGAUCCUAUGGUGGAGGUAGAUUUUGGCAUGACAGUCUUGGGCAUUAAUCCUGCACCUGUAAUGGCUGAAUUUUCAUCUAGAGGCCCGAGUAUUCAUAGCCCCAACAUCCUCAAGCCUGAUGUUAUAGCACCUGGGGUAAGUGUCCUAGCAGCCUGGACUCCAAACUUGCCAGGAGUAAAUUAUCGUAUAAUUUCUGGGACAUCCAUGUCAUGCCCACAUGUAGCUGGGGUAAGCGCUUUGUUGAAAGCUGUUCAUAAUGAGUGGAGUCCUGCGGCAAUCAGGUCUGCGCUGAUGACCACUUCUUAUAUACUAGACAAUGCCAACAACACAAUUACUGAUGGUUAUGAUGGGAAAAUGACCACUCCCUUGGAGUUUGGUGCAGGCCACAUAGAUCCUAAUAAAGCUAUGGACCCUGGUCUCGUCUACGACAUCAAUGUAGAGGACUACAUCAAUUAUUUGUGUAUUUUGAAUUACACCAGCAAGCAAAUUCAAUUAAUCACGGGGAUGUCUGUUUCCUGUUCAAGUGGCCUCAACUUCGGUUCUGAUAGCCUAAACUAUCCUUCCUUCACUGCAGUAUUCAACAAGAAUGCCACUUCACCUUUCUCUUCAACAUUCAAAAGAACAUUGACGAAUGUGGUAGAUGGUACAUCAUAUUAUAAAGCAGUCGUUGAGGUACCGAAAGGACUCAAGGUAGAGGUAAAUCCCUCCAGCCUUCAAUUUACUGAGAAAUUUCAGAAGCAAAAUUUUACUCUUACUAUGGAGGCAGAGACAAGUAUGGAUAUGGUGUAUGGGUUUCUAAGUUGGAUCGAUAACAUGGGUCAUGUGGUGAAGAGCCCUGUCGUAGCAGUUUUUGAGUAAGAAAAACCUGUGCACUUCUUCUUGCAUGCACAAAGUCAAAUUUUAAUUCUCAUAGGAGCAUGCAGAUUGUAGCAAUUUGGAGUUCAGUUUAAAAAAUGUCACGUAGUUUCUCAUUGUUAUAAGUAAGGUUUUUCACAACCAUUUCAUAUAAUUAUUGUUAUAUUUUACUAGUUCAAUAAUGAAUAGUUAUGUGUUUUUUGGUCUUC